AUGGAAGCAAGUACAAACUUUUAUCGGCAUUUGCAGUAUGCAGACGGCGACAUUGGCAGCAUCGAGUUUGCUAUGGAGGCUAGAACGAUGCCCGCGACGCCGUCAUCGAUCCUCUUUUCUCCUCAACGCUCUCCAAAGGGUCCUCGUCCUGCUCCAUCGACCGUCUACGCCCUCACAGAGCCCGCGAGGAUCCCCCUGCCAGACGUCCCCGACUCUGUUUUUCUGUCCACGAGUCCAAGCGCGAGCGUCUUGCAAAACAAUGUAGAUCCUCUUCAGCACAGUGAAUAUUAUGACAACACAAGCGCCUCUAGAAAUGACGCAGAAGUCCUCACGACGUCUCUUUUAUCUGCAGCAUCCACGUCUCCACCGCCGUUUGCACGAGCCACCCAGCGGACAGCGUCGACCUCGUCUGCCACCUCGUCGCAUCACUCUGCCGUUGCAGGCUCCGUGUACCAAGCGUCUACACACAGGGAACCAGAUCCCUGGGUCUCUCAAGCUCAGGAAUGCAUCACAAAGGCCCUGGAAGACGGGAACCCUAUGCCAGAGGCGCAAGCAGCACAUUCGGUGUCGAUCAGUGGUUACGGUCCAGUACGCUCGCCGAGCGCCAUGGCCGGGUCGGAGCUUCAAACGCCUGGAGCCGGAGAAGAGAGGGGCAUACAGGAGAGUCGAGUCAUUGCGGAAGAAGCGGGUCGUAUCACGUUCAGCACACUUUUCAGACGUUCUAGAAAUCUUUCCUCGAAUGAAGAUAAGCAGCAGCAGCAGCAACAGCUUCCAGUGUCCCAGCAUCCCGCGCCUCUCUCUGCCGCCGUACCGAUAUCAGACCUUUCUGCCAGCACCUCGAAAUCUGAAACGCGCCCGUCACUCCCCCAAACGUCUCCAAGUGCCCCAAUCACGAUAUCUACCACUGCAGAACCACAAAUGCGUUCGUCUGGCUCGAAAUCUCCCGUAAUUGGCUCGGUUGAAUCCUCCAAUAUCAAUAUCGGCGAGUCAGUUACAUGGGAAAAGGUCGACGACUUUAAUGACGAGUGGACCCAACUCGACAAUCCCCGUGAAGAAGUUGUCGCCAUGUCAGAGUCAGAAGACUCUGACCUCGAAGAGGAUGAUGAAGAGUGGGACGCAUGUCGUCAACAAGCCGCGACGGGCAUGGCAGAUUCAAUCUUUGUCCCCUCGGUCCAACGUAGACGACGCGAGGCCGGUCAGCAUCAACAGGUGGAUGACAAGACCAACGGAAACGCCACGCCCAAAGGAAAACGCACUCCCACAACCUCUUUUGCCCAAAACGGCGGAAUGCAGACAGGAGCACAUGCUUCCACCGUUUCGACUUCCACCACUACUGUACAAAUGCCAAGACAUCUGCCGCAGAACAGAUUGACACCACGACAGGAGGAGAUUGUUGCGGAAAUGCAACGUGCUCGAAUGGCCCGGGGAAUAGGGAUCGUCCCCCGUCACACGCAGAAUACGCAACGCAUCAUGACCGUCACGUCGGAUUGGUAA